CUUUUGUCAGUUUUAACUCCAACGUCCGUUCUUCGUUCAGUUGCGCGGUCUCAAUAAUAUGCCCUUGUCUUACCGGUGAUCGGGGAAACAUGAAGGCGGUGGUCAUCAGCAAGUUCAGUUCGAAUCUCCAAGACGUUGCGCCUGUCGAUGCACCAAUCCCUAAGCCUAAUGGACCACGAGACAUCCAAGUCAAGAUAACUCAUGCAGCUCUCACCCACGUCGAUUUAUUGUACGCCCAAGGCCUGCAUCAGAACAACCGUCGCCAUGUAGUCCCACCUUUUAUACUUGGUACUGAGUUCGCUGGAAUCGUCAUCUCUUCACCUCCAUCGUCCUCCUUGAAGCCAGGAACGCGAGUCUUUGGGUCCGCGCUUGGUUCUUUCGCGGAAGUGAUUAGUGCCCAUGAGGGAAGCGUGCGUAAAGUGCCCGACACUUGGACCAACGAAGAGGCUUGUGCGGUUGGAGCGAGUGGUGUGGUCAGCUGGGCGAGUUUAGUGCCUACCGCAAAGUUACAGAAGGGAGAAACCGUUCUUAUUCUGGGGGCUUCUGGCGGAUUAGGCAUAAUAGCAGUCCAAGUCGCCAAGGCAAUAGGGGCAAAGGUUAUCGCUGUUGUUGGAGAUGAAGAGAAGGAUAGACUCGUGCGAGCGUGUGGAGCUGAUGACGCUGUAAGAUACGAUAUUCCUGGUUGGGAAGGUAGGGUGAAGGAGUUGACAGAGGGUGGCGAGGGCGUUGACGUGGUCUACGAUGCAGUGGGAGCCGUCCAAAGCAGUAUCAAGUGUCUGAAGUAUCGAGGGCGCGUUGUCAUUGUGGGCUUCGCCGGCAGAGGUGGGAAUGUUGAAGAAAUCAAAGUCAACAGGGUGCUUCUAAAGUCCGCGACUGUCUUGGGAUAUAGGUUUGGAGAACAUGGACGCCGUUUUCCGGACGAGACAGAAGCUAUCUGGGAUGAAUUCAUGAAGUUUGUGGAUGAUGGCAGCAUCAAGCCUAUUGUAUUUAAAGAGAAGUACGGUGGACUAAGCAGUAUACCGCGAGCGCUGGAGGACUUGAAGGAUAGGAAGACAUGGGGAAGAGCAGUGGUUACGAUUAAUGCACAAGCUGAAAAGGAGAUAGCUAAACUGUACGGCUCUGAGUCCGAGGAUGACUUCAACCCUCAGCCCGAGAUCGACGACGAAGAUGCCGGCGACAGCCAACCAGCGAAGCCCCGAACGGAGCAGGCAGCAGCUCCUCGCAACGGCGCCGCUGAAGAGGAUGACGAGGAGGAGGAGGAUGAAGAGGAAGAAGAAGAGGAUGAAGUUGUGGUGAGCAUGCAUUCAGCCUCAAAGCUCUCUCACAGUCUAAUGCGAGAUGCUCGCAUGCAGUUCAUCGAUGUUGAGGCCGAGGUCGACGAGGACGAAGAAGAGGAAGAGGAAGAAGACGACGUCCCCGAUGAAAUCCAUCCCGAUGACCUCUUGGAAGCCGCUGGCCCCGACCUUGACGACCGACGACAUCGAGAGCUCGAUAGAAAGCGCGAAGCCGAAGCCGACCUAGAUGCGGAGCAAGUCGCGGCACAAUUCGACCAGAAGUACAGGCGUAGGGAAAUAGCCCGCGGGCAAAAGGCCGCUGGUCCCACACCACUGGAUCUCCCUACCGUCGAUGACCCUUCCAUAUGGGGCGUGAAGUGCAAACCUGGGAAAGAGAGGGACAUCAUUUUCGCUAUCAUGAAGCGAAUGGAGCAACGGCAGGGCACACAGCACCCAUUGCGCAUCUUUUCGGCCUUCGAGCGAGGCGGGACCAUGGCUGGAUACAUCUAUGUCGAAGCCAACGGGAAGCAGGACAUGCUGGAUGCCAUGGCUGAUAUUCCUAAUGUCUAUACUGGCAGUGGACCCAUUGCGAUUGAGGUCAAGGAGCGGCCUGACCUUCUGCGAAAGCGGAAGAGGGACCCUCUCAACCCAGGGGAUUGGGUCCGAAUGAAGAGACCGCCUCUUUAUGCUGGAGACUUGGCUCAAAUAUACGAGGUCAACUCUAACGGACUGGAGUGCACUGUCAAGCUCGUUCCUCGUCUGGACUACGGAUUGCAUGAAGAUAUCAAUGCUGCGCCCGAUGCAAACAAGAGAAAACGAGGAGCCGCGGCUGCUGGACCACGACCGCCACAGAGACUGUUCAAUGAAGCAGAUGCCAAGAAGAAGCACAUGAAAUUCCUCACGCAGAUUGGCAGCGCUGGAACGAAAUCUUUCCAGUACAGGAACGAAGAUUACACGAACGGUCUGCUCAUCAAAGACGUCAAGAUCAGUUACUUUACCAAGAAGGACGUCAACCCUACCAUGGCUGAGAUGCAGCUAUUUGCUCGACUAGGUGAAGAUGGAAGCCAAGAGAUUGAUCUGAUUGCUGUGCAGGCCGCUCAGAGGGCCACCACUACCGGGUCGUCCUUCGUCCCUGGUGACAAUGUCGAAGUCUAUGAGGGAGAGCAAAAGGGAGUCAAUGGCACAACUGUGUCGGUAACUGGUGAUAUUGUCACCUUGAAGGUCACGUCGGGUGAACUGAAGGGCCAGAGUAUCGAAGCUCCCGUCAAAACUCUCCGCAAGCUGUUCAGAGAAGGUGACCAUGUAAAGGUCAUCGGUGGUAGCAAGUACAUCGAUGAGGUCGGGUUGGUCACUAAGAUCAGGGAUGACAAAGUUACCCUGCUUUCGGAUUCUACACAGCAGGAAAUCACUGUUUUCAGCAAGGACCUCAAGAGAGCAGCCGACUCUGCGCAGCUGGGUAAUGACUCUGAUUUUGAACUGAGUGAUCUCGUGCAGCUCGACGCCUCGACUGUUGGAUAUGUGAUCAAAGUUGACCGCGAAGUUGUUCGUGUUUUGGAUCAAAACGGAUCCGUUCGCAAUCUCUUGAAUUCCCAAAUCGCCUCUGUGAUUCCAUACAACCGAAACGCCGUGGCAACAGACAAGGAUGGCUCCGAAAUUCGACAAGAGGACAUGGUGAAGGAGAUUGGAGGCGAAGGCCGGACAGGGAAGGUGGUCCUUAUUCACCGGGGCUAUCUCUACAUCUCCAAUCCGACGAUAUCAGAGAACAACAGCAUCUUCGUUAGCGGCCGUACCCAAGCCGCUGGCCCCGACCUAUCGAAGAUGAAUCCAACCAUGAUGCAGGGUGCGAAUGGAGCCGCUAUGGCGCCGCCUAGGACCAUUGGCAGAGACAAGAUGAUUGGGAAAACCGUCACCGUUCGCAAAGGCAAUUAUAAGGGCCUGCUGGGAAUAGUCCGAGACUCAAACGGCACGGAAGCCCGUAUCGAGCUGCACACAAAAAAUAAGGUUAUUAGUCUUCCUAAGGACCUCCUAGUCAUCAAAGACCCAGUCACUGGUAACACCAUCGACUUCAACGGCAAGCUCGCUAAUCGCUCCCGUGGGAUGCCAACGUCAUAUGGAUCAGGGACUCCUAGCAAUCGGACCUAUGGCGCUGGAGGUCAGACACCAUCAUGGGGUGGCGGCGGUCAAUCUUCCCGUGGCCCUUCUUGGGGGACACCUCAUGGUGGAGGUGGACGCACUCCAGCUUGGAACAACUCUAAUCGCACACCAGCCUGGAACGGCGCAGGCAACGAUGGCUCUCGUACAUCAUAUGGUGGAAAUGACGGCUCUCGGACAGCGUAUGGAGGCAACGAUGGCUCAAGGACAGCAUAUGGUGGUGCCACAGCCUAUGGGGGCAACGAUGGCAACCGAACCGCAUACGGAGGCGCCAACAGCGGUGGCAGAACUCCAGGUGGCCCUACAUGGGGUGCUGCUCCUUCGGGUUCAAAGACCCCUUCCCACGCCUCCAACGGCGCAAACCCGUACAGUUCGAACACUUAUGCCCCAACACCCGGCGCAUACCACCAAGCGCCGACUCCGGCUGCCUACAACUCCUACGUCGGCGCUCCAACCCCUGGUGGGCCUAUGGACGCUCCUACCCCUGGCUUUUCGGCGCCGACGCCUGGUGACACUGCACACCAUCCGACUCCGAGAGGCUAUGGCGGAUAUGGAGGUGGUUACGGGGCGACGCCUGCCGCUGCUCCGACACCGGGAGCGCCAACUCCUGGGGCGUGGCAGCCGGAAACACCUUGGAAUAACCCCGAGACGCCGGCGGCUGGCGAUGAUGAACCACGGUACGAGUGA